GGCCGGGACGAGGGCGGCCCCAAAUCUCCGGUCCGCGCCGCGAAUUGUGCUCGGGCGGCAGGCUGACAGUCGGACAGUUCGCGCCCUGGGUACCCGGAGCUUCUAACUGAAAUGGAGGAAGGAGACUUCUCAGGUUCAUCCGUGCUGUCUGGGGUGACUGAUGGGCAGAACACGACAGAAACACACACACACUCGGAACUCCACCCGAAGCCCCUUGUACUUAGGCUCCUGGAGGUGAAAGAACUUGGGAAUGAAGUGGUCGAAGGGGGUGAGAAGGAAAGACAAGAAGAGGACCAUGGGUAUGAAGACUUCACCGUGUUCGGUGAAUCCUCCAAUACUCACAAAUCCCAUGAUGCCUCCACAUCUUCCAAGUCCCGCAAGACCAGCGAUCCUCCUCAGUCCCGCAAGACCAGCGAUCCUCCUCAGUCCCGCAAGGACAGUGAACCCCUCCAGUCGCGCAAGGACAGCGAGUCCCUCCAGUCCCGCAAGGGCAGUGAGUCCGUCCAACCCCGCAAAGGCAGUGAGUCGGUCCAGACCCGCAAGGGCAGUGAGUCGGUCCAGUCCCGCAAGGGCAGUGAGUCCGUCCAGUCGCGCAAGGGCAUUGAACCCCUCCAGCCCCGCAAGGCCAGUGAGCCCCUACAUUACCGCAAGGGCAGUGAGCCUCUUCGGUCACCGCAGGUCCACGCGUAUGGAAAAGGAGACUUGCUUCCCAACGCAGUGAUUACGACCUCCCCAUCUUUGAUAGCCAGAUACCUACCGCGGCUCCAGCUGGCUUCCUUGAGCGCACAACCUGUUUCCUGUGACCUUGUAAGGAAAUGUUUUUUUUCUAGAAAGAGAAUUGAAGACCUUGCUAAACCGAAAAAGCAAUGGGGAACGCCAGAUAGAAGGUUGUUUUGGGGAAAUCAAGAUCCUAUUCGCCCUGUUUCUGAUGCCGCUUUGAAAGCUCAGCUGACCAAGAGAAUUGAGGACCUUGCCCAGCCCAAGCUGGUCUCCCGACACUACGUCCCUAACAGGGCUCAGUAUUACUACAGCUGCGGCAGAGAGUCUGUAAUUUGGGAGAUCCCACCUCCUGCGCUGUUUACCCGGCCUUCUAAACGGAUCCAGAAGCUGGCAAAACCCAACAGAUUCAAAAUGCAGUGUCUGCUGAAUAGCGAUGACUUAGCACCAGAGGCUCUCCAUUUCGCUGAUCCGUCUCCCAGGAUUCUGCAGCUCUCCAUAGCCAAAGGCACAGACCCCAACUACGUUCCUCCGAAAAGCACUGAAACCAAGAUUUCCUACUCUACCCUGAGUGCCGUUGCAAGUCCGAGGAUCGUAGACCUUGCCAACCCGAGGAUCAAGAUAGAAGGCCUAUGCUAUGAGAGAGAAAAGAGUGAAUUGCCCAUCCGUCCCGUAACCCCUGCUGCCCUGCUUGCCAAACCUACUGACCGAACCAUAAAGUUAGCAAAGUCUAAACCUGUUCAUGAAGAUUAUCUCCCGGUCCGAGAUGCCCGAUGGCCUGUUUCUUAUGCUGCUGCCCAUUCCCAAGUGUCUGACAGAGUCCAGGAGCUAGCUAACCCACCCACAAGGGCUUCGGUGCACGUUGUCUACUACGACCCAGACGUCUUUAAAGUCAAGCCUUCUGCUUUGAGAGCACAGUGUUCUCCCAGGGUCAAGGAACUGGCUGAACCCAUUGUGCGCUAACGGCAACAAGCCACCCGAGGUCGACAUGAGUUACCGAGUUCCGUAUCCGGAACACAGAGCAGAUGACUUGAUUCCCUGCCUCGGUGUUUACAUCUUACCAAUCUUCUCCAAAUAUGAGAUUUCCAGGGAACACCACUGUGAACGUCAGAUAGACACUGUCUGUGAUCUUUCUUGCCUUUACUGAGUUAGGGGACUGCACCCUGCAAUAAAGGGGAAACCAAU